GGAGUGUUGGGGCUCUGAACAAUGCAAUGGCAAAAAGCAAUUUGAAAGUAGACUGGCGAUUUAUACCGGCGCGCAGGGCAUUGCUUGCACUUGAUUUUAAUAUCAUUUAGUAACUUUUAUCCUACCACCUGCAAAAAUAAUAUGCCGCUGUGAAUCGAGAAGGAAGAGGAAAUCCAGAAUACGAACGCAUCGAUGAUAUGAAACUAACAGGAUGCGUGACAUGUGUGAUAGAGGGUGGAGCUCGCGGGCGGGAUCACUUGAGGAUUUCGACUUUAAAGCUACACCUAUGUCUCAGUCAAGUCCUGAAAACUACAAGCGUUGAGUUACCAGUUCCUUUAUCUGUUCUUUGAAGGACCAGACAUGAAGCCUAAGAUGUUAUAUGCCUUUAUUGUGCUAAUGUCUAUAUUUUUUUUCGGAUACAUCUCCUGGAUGGGAAAAGGGAAGACAAAUUAUCACAGAAUAAAAAAACAGAAGUUGACCAAUCUGAAGGAACCAAAUUCAACAGAAUGUCGGAAGGUGGCCAAAACUCUUGUUGCUAAACCCAAAAGGUUUGCUGAGAAGGAUUAUAUUGAUCUGUUCAAGGUACUUCAGAAAUGUAGAUGGGUAAGGAACAAAAAAGAGCACAAGAAUUUGAGGUCACAGUUGGAGAAAUGUUGCAAUGCAUCUCAAAAUUUUAUUGUUACACAAGAAAAUUCACCAUUGGAAACAAACUUCAGUUAUUAUGCAGAAACUAAAAGAAUUUUUAAAGUUACACCAGAUGUUGUAGAUUUAUUUCCUAAGACAAUACCAUUUAAACAACACAAAUAUAAGACCUGCUCCGUUGUUGGAAAUGCAGGAAUUUUAAUUAACAGUAGCUGCGGAGCUGAAGUAAAUCGCGCUGACUUUGUAUUCAGGUGCAAUCUUCCCCCUCUCACAGAUUAUGAAAAUGACGUGGGUACGAAAACAGACAUCGUGACAUGCAAUCCAACCAUCUUAAUAAAAAGGUUUCAAAAACUUGAUUUAAGGAGAAAACCAUUUAUGGACCAUUUGUCAGCAUAUAAAGAUGCAUUUAUUAUGUUGCCUGCAUUUGCUUAUUCAUUCUGUACUCAACUUUCAUUCAAAGUUCUUUAUACUCUGCAAGAUUUUGGAACAAAUCAGCAUGCAGUGUUUUUAAAUCCUUCAUAUGUAAGAUCCAUUGUUCAAUUCUGGAAAGGUGAAGAUGUAAAGGAGACUCAUCUUUCUACUGGUUUCAUAAUAUUAAGUGCAGCAUUGGAAAUGUGUGAAGAAGUUCGCUUAUAUGGAUUCUGGCCCUUCUCCAAUGAUGUGCAAGGGAAAACGUUCUUCCACCAUUACUACGACAAUAUGUUGCCGUCAAAAGCUCACUCAAUGCCUGUUGAGUUUUUCAAACUUAUGCAGCUUCACACAAAAGGAAUUGUCAAACUGCAAGUUGGUAACUGUGAAGAAGUAUGAGAUCAGUAAACUUGGAAAAUACAAAUCUUAUUAUUUUGAGAUUGCAAAGUAAAAAACUGCAAAAGGUGGAAAUAUGAAAUAAAACCUAAAACUUAGCAACUCAGGCAAUAUCUAUGGACUGAGAAACGAAAGGUCAUCGAACCUGAUUCUUUCCCCUUUGAUUUUCCAAGUUAUCACUUGCAGGUGAUAGAAGGUAUUAUCUGCAUAAUCUGAUUUCAUUUUGGUUGUUUUUGGGUUGAGGGGUGAGAUUCAGCUUUAAAACGUGGAUUAUGUGUAUUUUUUUCAUGUGCUUUUGCAGAUCAGUGUUUGAGAAUGAAUGUUGAGAGACUGGAUGCUAGUAAUCGGAAUUAUGCAUCAACAGACUUUUUGACAGCCUUGAAAGUAGGAACCAUAAGGGUUCAAGACUAAUUUUCUGUCUGGAUUUUCAAAGAAAUUAUCCAGUUUUAUAUUUAUAUGGAACCAGUGAGAGACUUGCUUCUGGAGUAGAGAUCCUAUUACCUUUUCUCCAGGCAUGCUAUUUUCCAAAUAUCACAUGCAAUCUCCUCAGAAGCAAGUUAUAUGUAAGUGCUUUAAGGGGAUGGGUGCUUAUCAGUAGGAUAAUGAUUAGGUGAGAUUCUUCUGUCUUGUUAAAUUGGGUGGGCUCACGGCGUAAAUAGGGAUGUUACAUUAGGUUGUAUGAUUUUUAGUCCUGAAUUUUAAUGAUUGUAAGAAGAUGGAUUAAAUUCCCCAAGCACCAUUAGAGCAUGAACUAUUUUGCCAUGGUAGAUAGUUGAUGAUAAAAGCAUUGCUGUUUAGACAAUUAAUUGAGGGUAGAUUAUAGAAACAAGGAAACAUUUAGUUCAUUGUUGAUCUAACUUAAUUCAUCCACUUUACUCUAAAUCCUUGAAUAGACAUCAAACAAAAUGGUAUCAAUCCCGUAUUCCAGAUUAUUCAUAAAUGUAGGAGCAGAAUUAUGCCAUUUGACCCAUCAAGUCUACCUGCCCUUCCACCUAUCUCCGUAUAAUCUGUAAAUUUGGCCACAAAGCUGCCAAUUCCCUCAUCCUAAUCAUUGAUAUACAACGUGAAGAGUAGCGGUCCCAGCACCAACCUCUGUGGAACUCCGCUAGUUACUGGCAGCCAACCAGAAAAAGCCCCCUUUGCUACCUCUUUGCCUUCUGCCAUCCUGCUAACUUGCUAUCCAUGCUAGUAUCUACCCUCUGAUAUCAUGGGCUCUUGUUUUCUUUUGUAGCCUCACAUGCUUAUUAAUUGACAUGGUGCUACAGAAUUUUUUGGUAAGAAAUAGUGAUUAUUAUAAAUUUAUAGUUUUUAUAAAUGUACAUUGAUGUAUGAUAUGAGCAACUCCUUGUGAUAUACAAAUAAUAAAUCAAAGGUUAUUUUGAAGA